UAACUAGCAGGGUCCAGUUGCAGUUUCAACUCUAAAAUUAGGGAGGCACCCUGUCUGCAAAUGACGCAAAGAGCCCGAACUGGAGCGUGUCGUCGUCUCUGCGUGUAACUGAUAAGGGGACUGGGGGCCAUGGAGACGUUCCCAACAGCUCCCCGCUGUUGUUACCGAUGACACGGGUCUUAAUAUAUUUUUAGCCGUUGUUGUCAUGUUUUCGUAACGGCACGGCCGCUUCGUCCGCUAUAAAGGACUGCGUUUCAAACAUGCAGCUGUACAACAGCGUUCUCACACACUACCCGAGGGCGUCCAGGUCCAGGAAAGUUACUGUCAAUCUAUCUCCGGCGUCCGAACACUCUAACGCGGCGACGCAAAGUUCCUCUGAGGUCGACGGACAACUUCGACUGCGCACAACUUCAGUGACUAACGGCGGUGAGACAAACAUGCCAGCCUUUUCCUGCUACGAAGCCUCACCGGUGAGGCCAGUUCACUUCACAUCGACGGCUGAGAUAAUAAUCCGGAGACCUGAUGGAGUGGAAAGGUCUGUACCGGUUCACAUCAUCAAGGAGCCCAAGAACAAGUCGCAAAGAGGUGAAAAUCAGCUCUGCAAUGACUGUGAUUCAGAUAUAAUGGCGGAGAUGAUUAAUCAUCUGGAGAACGGAACUGAUGAGAUGUUUCCUGGGAAUCAUGUUUUUAGGAGAAGCGGCAUCAAUGAGACAAUGAGGAAUUCAUACGAGGAUGAAACUUCUUCCCAAACAUCUUCUUCUAGAAGGAAUGGAUUUGCCUCAGUGGAUAUGGAAGAACUUUCUCCCAUGGGGUCAUCACGUAAAGAGAAGGCCUUUGAGCUCAGUGUCCUCCAGGAGUCUCCACCGCAGAGAUGCCAAAAAACAGGGGACAUCAACGAUAAGGUCACCAGGUAUCUGGUUGAGGUGGAGAGGCAGAACAAGUACCUCCAGGAGAGACACAAGUACAGGUACCACAUCAUUCCAGAUGGCAACUGCCUGUACAGAGCUGUGUGCAAGGCCACAUACGGAGACCAAGCAAGGCAUGGGGAGCUGCGGGAGCAAACCGUGCACCACAUCGCUGACCACCUGGACGAGUUCAUACCCAUCAUUGAGGGGGACGUUGGAGAGUUCUUGAUCAACGCGGCACAGGAUGGUGCCUGGGCUGGGUAUCCAGAGGUCCUAGCCAUGAGUCAAAUGCUAAAUGUCAACAUCCACCUUACGACUGGUGGCAGCCUGGAGAGUUCCACUGUUUCCACCAUGGUGCACUAUCUUGGGGAGGAGGACGCCUCCAAACCGGCAAUCUGGCUUAGCUGGCUCAGCAAUGGUCACUACGAUGUCGUAUUGGACAAGCGUCUCCCCAACCCAGAGUAUGAGGACUGGUGUCGACAAUCACAGAUGCAGAGGAAGCGGGACGAGGACCUGGCAAAAUCUAUGGCGGCCUCGCUGUCUAAGAUGUACCUAGAACAAAAUGGUUAUGUUUGAAAUAAAGUUUGUAUGACGGAGGACAUAUUUUCUUACAGAAUGACAGACAGAGACUCUUCUGAUGACUUUCUUCCUGCUUUAAAUUAUUUUUUAUAAGAUUUAUAUGUGUGAAACAAAGUGCAGUGCACAGACUUCAGUUCUUCUACAUACCAGAACUUCCAGAUUGGAGUUUGAAGGAUGUAUGCUUGUUCUUUGGAUGAUUUUAGUCAUGUUGACAUCAGUGAUGCUUUGAGUUUGAGUUUUUUUUUUGCAGUGUACAACAUUUAUUUGCCUUUUUCUUGGCUGACCAUUUAUACUUUUGACAUCAUUUGUGCAACAGUUGACACAUCUUAAACAAGGCUCCAAUGCAGUCUGGAAUUUGUACAAAAAGCACUUUUCCUUUUCUAUUUUCUUAGGAUAAAUAUCUAAAAAUGCCAAAAAAUUAUGUGUUUUUUUUAUGUCUAAAUGACAUGCUUUGUGUUUGAUUUGCUUCAUCGCAACUGCAUUUUAAUGUUACUCAUUAUUGUGUUUGGUUUUUGACUCACUGACUGAAUGUACCUCAAACCCCCACAAAGAACCAUUUCACUACUUUUUUAGGUUUCAGGCAACUGUAAAGUAAGGUUAAACCAGUGUUUCUCAAUUCCAGUCCUCAGGCCCCCCUGCCCUGCAUGUUUUGCGUGUUUCCCUUCUGCCACACACCU